GUGAUGAAGACAGCGCUGCCAUGUCUGAACCGGGUUGUUGUGAUAGUGACGCCGAGGCACGCUCAAUCACACACCGCACAGUCGAUCACACUACUGCGUAUCGUCGACCACGUGGCGGCGACAUGGGUCUGGGUUCACAGAUGAUGUCUGAAACUUGUGAAAAGAUGAAGCAGAGGCUGUUGAAUGGGUCAAGGAACCACAGCGCUGCCUGUUUUGGCGGGUCCAUCCAAAAUUGGCCAAGAGGGAGGAAAGCUGCAAGCUUCACCGUUCGUCCUCGGUCACAUUCGGAGCCUCGCUCACAUGCAUUCCACCUUCAGCUUCAUUGUAAGUGACUCAUCAAGCAAGCACCUUCUCCAGUCGUCAACCACAUUUUUGACCACUCAUUUCUAUGUUGUUGCACAAAAAGUCUGUCCUUUUCAUUAAAAUGUCUGAAAUGCCCCUUUAAUCACACACCGUCCUCCUCCACAUGUCCUUUUGUUGGCUGUCGUGCAUAUUGAGAGAAAUUCCACAUUUGAUCCCGUAGAGGAAAAUGCACAUUGUGAUCAAACCGAGGUGCGUUUAAGUUUCUCUCGCUUCAUGUUCAUCAGGUGAAGGUCAAACCGAGCUAAAGCCUAAUUCGUGAGCGACAGCGCACCGUUGUUGCAUUUGUAAGCCAGCGCUCGUCCAGUUCUGUCGGGGUGUCAUCUGUGUUUAUACACUCCUUCUUUUUCUCUGCCCUCUUUUCCUCUCUCUCCCCUCCCUCUCUCUCUCUCUCUCUCUGUCUCCUAUCUUUCUGAACUGACUUCUUCUUGCAGACAGACACACACAAGCACUCAAAGAGAAUGGACUAGAAAAAGAACCUGGCUCUAUCAUCCAGAGGAUUUUUUUCCCCUUUUUUUCCUCCACCAUAAAUUUUCACUUUUUUUCCACUCACUUUGCUUCAAUCUCUUUAAUCACCUUUUUUUUUCCCCACAUCUUUUUUUCUCCAUCACUUCCACCCUCUCACCCCCUCUGAAUCAAUCCACCUAUUGAUUUAUUUGUUGUUCCAUUUUUGUCUUUUCAUUCGCCAUCUAAAAAAAAAAAAGACAUGUCCUACCACUCGCACGUCAUCGACUCUCUCGCAUCAGAGAGGAGUUGCUGUUUAUUUUGCAUUUUGAUGACGUAAUUUUGCAAUCCGUCAGCUUGACUUACUUCCAUUUAUUAAAAUACAAGGGGCAGAUUAUUCAUGAUUAAUCUUUUGCAUUUAAGAAAAAACAGAAGAUAGGAUGGCUCGAAAGCUGACUGCAAAGUAACUGAAUAAUUUGGUGUGUGUGUGUGUUGUGUGUGUGUGUGGGUGGUGUGUGUGAGCUACAGAGAGGCACAGCAAUAGACAGAUGCAUAGCAAAGUGAAGCAAACCACACAACUCAUUUCCUUUACCAUCUCCUUUUUAUUUUUAAUAUUUCCACUUUUUUGUUUUUCCUAAAGGAGAUUUAACGCCUCUCCUCUUCAUUACAUGAAGAUAAUGGGAAGUGGGACUUUUGAACAGCCGUCACCAUGAUAAAGGCACUCUGGAUAUAGCUGUUUUCCUGUGGAAUUACCCUUUAAAUCCUGGAUUUGAUUCCAAAUGAAAAAAAAUAAUUAACAAUUAUUAAAACUGUCCUAAAUUCUGGACUCUUUUUUUUUUUUUCUUUUUUUUUUUUAUACUUCUUUUUGUAAUGGACUGAAGCUGAUUUCAAUAUUUCUUUUUCAACUAUUGAAUCUUAAUGGAAUUUCACUAACGCGGAUUAAGGACUCAAGCAACAUCUUUGUCUAUUAGUUGAUGUAAUAGCCACGAUUCUUACAAUUUCUCCAGCCUGCAAAAUCCAUUAGAUUUAAUGUUUCUUAAUGUUAAGGGUUAAAUAGACUGGCGGACGUCAGAGAAACAAGCGACGCCAGACGUCUCGUCGGAGGGGCGAAGGGGAGAACGGAAGCGAAGCUGCUCCUGUGGAGUACAAUUACCUCAAAAUUGCUGCUUUACCCCCUUGACCCGUCGAGGAUUUUACCUAAAACUGCUUUCAGCCUCCCUCAGUCUGAGGCUAUGAGAGGGAGAGAGGAGUCCCAGGCCGCACCAUCAUGCUACUUCUGAGACGCUGGGAUGAGACUUUGGCUGGCAAAACACAAGGUAUUACUCUCCCACUCCUCCACCAUGCCUGUCUGCGGCUGCCGCUGCCCCUCCACGCCUCGCGGCCAAGCAGGGGCCUCCUACUCCGCCCCCUCGGUCGCCCAGGAGCAAGAGAGGCGAGCCCGACCCCUACGCCCACCCCCACCUCCGUCGCUCCACUGCCACACCAGCGCCUCUCACCGCCUCUCCCUCCUCCUCCUGCUGCUCUGCCUCCUCUACCUGCCCCCGGCCUGCCACUCGCGGAGAGAGAAGGGCGGGGGAGGCGGAGGAGGAGGAGGUGGCGGCGGCGGCCACUACAUCCCCAUCCCCCAGCCACCUCCCCACCACAUGGCCGUCCCCAACAUGCUGCGCGGCCUCAGCAUCGCCGUCGUCCUGGUGGGCAACUCCAGCGACGUGGCGCUGGCCGGGGCCCGAGAGAAGGAGGACUUCCUGCACAUGGCGCCCAACGUGGAGGUGCUGACCAUGAAUGAGACGGACCCUAAAAGCAUCAUCAAGAGCAUCUGUGACCUAAUGACGGAGCACUGGCUGCAGGGCGUGGUGUUCGGGGACGACACCGACCAGGAGGCCAUCGCUCAAAUCCUCGACUUCAUUUCAGCCCAGACUCACCUCCCCAUUCUCGGAGUCCGCGGGGGCUCCUCCAUGAUCAUGGCUGCCAAGGAUGACGACUCCAUGUUCUUUCAGUUCGGCCCCUCCAUCGAGCAGCAGGCUUCGGUCAUGCUGAACAUCAUGGAGGAGUACGACUGGUACAUCUUCUCCAUCGUCACCACGUACUACCCCGGUUACCAGGACUUUGUCACCAAGGUCCGUAGCACCAUCGAGAACAGCUUCGUGGGCUGGGAACUGGAGGAGGUUUUGCUGCUCGACAUGUCCGUGGACGACGGAGAUUCGAAGAUCCAGAACCAGCUGAAGAAGCUCCAGAGCCCCGUCAUUCUGCUCUACUGCACAAAAGAGGAGGCCAACACCAUCUUCGAGGUGGCCCACUCUGUCGGGAUCACUGGAUACGGCUACACGUGGAUAGUGCCCUCGCUGGUAGCCGGAGACACUAUCGCAGUGCCUUCAGAGUUCCCCACAGGUCUGCUCUCCGUGUCCUACGACGAGUGGGACUACGGCCUAGAGUCCCGCGUUCGCGACGGCGUGGCCAUCAUCACUAUGGCGACCUCCACCAUGAUGAUGGACCGCGGACCUCACACCCUGCUGAAGUCUGAGUGCCACGGAGCUCCCGACAAGAAGACCCCCAUCUCAGGCAACCCCAACGAAGUGCUCAGGUACCUGAUGAAUGUGACGUUCGAGGGACGUAAUCUGUCGUUCAGCGAGGACGGAUACCAGAUGCACCCCAAGCUGGUCAUCAUUCUGCUCAACAAGGAGAGGCAGUGGGAGAGGGUGGGUAAAUGGGAGAACGGUUCCUUGUCCAUGAAGUACCACGUGUGGCCUCGCUAUGAACUAUACGGGGGAGCAGCGAACAGGGAGGAUGACCACCUGUCCAUCGUGACGUUGGAGGAGGCUCCGUUCGUCAUCGUGGAAGACGUGGAUCCGCUUAGCGGGACCUGUAUGAGGAACACUGUGCCCUGCCGGAAGCAGAUCAAAACACUCAAUUCGACGAAGGAUUCAGGGAUCUACAUAAAGCGUUGCUGUAAGGGAUUCUGCAUCGACAUCCUGAAGAAGAUCGCCAAGCAGGUGAAGUUCACCUACGACCUUUACUUGGUCACUAACGGCAAACACGGCAAGAAGAUCAAUGGGACGUGGAACGGCAUGGUGGGAGAGGUGGUGUUAAAGAACGCCCACAUGGCCGUCGGCUCCUUGACCAUCAACGAGGAGAGGUCGGAGGUCAUCGACUUCUCCGUCCCCUUCAUAGAGACGGGCAUCAGCGUCAUGGUCUCCCGUAGCAACGGCACAGUUUCGCCCUCGGCCUUCUUAGAGCCCUUCAGCGCGGAUGUGUGGGUGAUGAUGUUCGUGAUGCUGUUGCUGGUGUCAGCAAUGGCUGUGUUUAUAUUCGAGUACUUCAGCCCUGUGGGCUACAACCGCUGUCUGGCUGACGGCAAAGAACCUCACGGUCCGUCCUUCACCAUCGGUAAGGCCAUCUGGCUGCUGUGGGGUCUGGUCUUUAACAACUCCGUGCCGGUGCAGAACCCCAAAGGCACCACCAGUAAGAUCAUGGUGUCAGUGUGGGCCUUCUUCGCUGUCAUCUUCCUGGCCUCCUACACUGCCAACCUGGCUGCUUUCAUGAUCCAGGAGGAGUAUGUGGACCAGGUAACUGGUCUCUCAGACAAAAAGUUCCAGAGUCCCAACGACUUCUCGCCUCCGUUUCGGUUCGGCACCGUCCCAAACGGGAGCACGGAGAGAAACAUCAGGAACAACUAUCCAGAAAUGCACGGCUACAUGACGAAGUUCCAUCAGAAAAACGUCAACGAGGCUCUUGGGAGUCUCAAGGCUGGUAAACUAGACGCUUUCAUUUACGACGCGGCCGUGCUGAACUACAUGGCUGGCAGGGACGAGGGCUGCAAGCUGGUGACCAUUGGCAGCGGCUACAUCUUCGCCACCACGGGGUACGGCAUCGCCAUCCAGAAGGAGUCGCUCUGGAAGAGGCACGUGGACCUGGCCAUCCUGCAGCUCUUUGGAGACGGUGAGAUGGAGGAGCUGGAGUCCCUGUGGCUGACGGGAAUCUGCCACCACGAGAAGAACGAGGUGAUGUCCAGCCAGCUGGACGUGGACAACAUGGCCGGCGUCUUCUACAUGCUCGGCGCCGCCAUGGCUCUGUCGCUCAUCACCUUCAUCUGCGAGCACUGGUUCUACUGGCAGCUGCGCUUCUGCUUCAUGGGCACCUGCUCCGGCCAGCCCGGCUUCGUCUUCUCCAUCAGCAGGGGCAUCUACAGCUGCAUCCACGGGGUGCAGAUUGAGGAGAAGAGCAGCUCGGCGUUGAACUCCCCGUCAGCCACCAUGAACAACACCCAUUCCAACAUCAUGCGCCUCUUACGCACCGCCAAGAACAUGGCCUCCCUGUCCGGGGUGAACGGCUCGCCACACAGCGCCCUGGACUUCAUCCGCCGCGAAUCCUCCGUUUACGACAUCUCCGAACACCGGCGCAGCUUGGCGGGCCACUCGGACUGCAAGCCGCCUUACCCGGAAGACAACAUGUUCAGCGACUACAUCAGCGAGGUGGAGAGGACAUUUGGCAACCUCCACCUGAAGGACAGCAAUCUGUACCAGGACCAAUACAUGCACCACCACGGCUCCACGCUGGGGCUCAGCGGGCCGCCUCCCAACAGGCCCCACAGUUUGGGCAGCGCUAGUUCUCUGGAGGGCGGCAUGUUCGACUGUGACAGCCUAGGCGGAGGGGUGGCCCCUAUUUUCACCACGCAGCCGUGCUCGGCGCUGACCCACAGGAACAUGAGCAAGUUUGACCUGCUGUCCGGACAGACUCCUCCCCCAAGCCAGGGCUUCAAGGGAGGCCUGCCGGACCUGUACGGGAAGUUCUCCUUCAAGGGAGGUGCCUCCAGCUCCACAUUCAUCCCUGGGCACGGCUACUGCGGAGGGAGAGGCGAUGACGAUGGGAAUAUACGGUCAGAUGUCUCGGACAUUUCCACGCACACAGUGACUUAUGGAAACCUGGAGGGUAACGCCAAGAAGCGCAAACAAUACCGCGAUAGCCUGAAAAAGAGGCCGGCCUCUGCCAAGUCCAGACGGGAGCUGGACGAGAUCGAGCUGGGCUACAGGAGGAAACCCUACCACAUCAGCCACCACCACUACCACGGCCACCGCUCUACCUCCCCGCCGCUUUUACCCUUAGAACGGAAGAGAGGAGGAGGAGGAGGAGGAGGAGGAGGAGGAGGUAGAGGUGGAGGAGGUGGAGGAGGAAACAACGAUGGGAACUAUCUCUUCAGAGAAAAGGAGAGCGUUAGGGAUUUUUAUUUGGACCAGUUUCGGCCCAAAGAGGGCGUCCCUCAGUGGGAACAUGUGGACCUGACCGACGGACCUGGGAACAGAGAUGGAGGAGUGGGGACCUGCACCACCCUGGUUCCGGUGGAUGACUUUCUUAAGAGCAAACCCAAAAAGUCUGAUUCAAAGAGCGGGGGAGGAUCUGGGCUGGCAGGGGGAGAGUGGGAGUGCAGGAACUGUCGGGCCAGCGGGGUUGGAGUGGGCAAGCAGAUGUCCAUGCAUGGAGGAGGAGGCGGCGGCGGGUACGGUGGUGGUAUGAGCUGCGGGUCCUCGGCAGGCGGAGGAAACAGCCGCCCCAGCUCUGCGACCUGCAUGCGCUGCGAGGGCUGUAAAAAGACAGGAAACCUCUACGACAUCAGCGAGGACAACAACCACCUCUUGGAACAGAUGGGGGGAGGGAAAGGUGGGGGUGGUAUGGGCGCCGGGCCUCCGUCUCAAUCUCAGGGCCAGCAGAGGAGGAAGAGUGGAGGAUUCGGCAAGCCGCUGAGGCGGCAGCACUCGUAUGACGCAUUCGUCGACCUUCAGAAAGAGGACUCAGGCGGGAUGGGAAGUUUGAUGGGGGGCCUGGGAGGUGGUGGAGGGAUGGGUGGUCCAGGUAUGGGAGGGAUGCUGCCCCCACCCAGGAGCGUUAGCUUGAAGGAGAAAGAACGCUACAUGGAGGGCACCAGCCCCUUCGCACACAUAUUUGAGCGUCACGGGGGCUCGGAGAGAGAAAGGGAAAGAGACAGGGACCCGUUGUUCUACGGAGGCGAGGGCCGGAAAAGACCCGGCUCGCCGUUCGGCCUGUUCAGAGGCGGCGAGGGCCUCCACCGCCGCUCCAUCGGAGAGAGAGACAUGAGAGACAGGGAUAGGUCUUUGAUGGAAGGAGGAGGUGGGGGAGGGUUCUCUUUAUCCAAAUCUCUUUACCCCGACAGGGUAAACCAAAACCCCUUUAUACCCACCUUCGGCGACGACCAGUGUCUGAUGCACGGAGCCAAACAAUAUUACAUGAAAAAGCAACAGCAGCAGCAACAAGUUGCCAAAAACAGCCGAAGUGACUUCAGGAGCCAGAUGAGCACGACGUCGUAUCUGCCGGCGUCCGCCACGGCCGGGGUGAUGUCCAACGUGACGCCCCGGUUCCCGAAAGAGCUCAGCAUGGGUGGGAUGAACCACCACGGCUCCAUGCUGGGGGUCGGCCCCCCGCGUCCCUUCAACGGAAGCAAUGGCCAUGUGUACGAGAAACUCUCCAGCAUCGAGUCUGACGUGUGAGAGCAGAAAAAAAGGGAGUAUGGAGGAAAGGGAGGAGCGGACGAUGGCGAGGGAGGAGGAGGGGAGGCGUGUAGUGUUAGGAGAUCAGGGAUGAUUUUAAAGACACUGUCCACACACUGCAACCCUGGCCCAUAUUGGGACAGCACGAUGAGGUAGGAGAGGAGAGAGCUGUGAAAUAGAAAAAUAAGGGGGGGGGAUCUUGAUUUUGCAAAAAACAAAUCUGGGUAAAGAAAUCAGGACUCCCUGAGGAGGUGUGGGAUGUUAACCUGCUCUCAGAAACGGCCAAAGCUACUCUACUUUUAUGUCCGAACACAGUCAAUCAACGUUGCCCUCAACAUCACAAAUGCACUCAACUCCUCGUCCAUCGUUUCAUCCACCAGUGAGGCAGAAGUCGACGCACUCGGUUGUUAUCGCAAAGAGGCGACACCUCAUCUUCGUUUGAUAUUGGACGUGUGAGGCUGGUGCGAUGCGACGGCUGUCCGAGAGCUCCCGCUGAGGAAAAGACAGCGAGAGCAAACUGCCCAUCUGCCCCUGUGUCACCGCGGAAAGGAGACAUUGUCACGUUUUUACCAGAGACACAGGAGAUGAUUUCUCUCUCUGGAAGGAGACAGCCCGGCCUGUCCGUCUCCUCUCCGUCCCACACUCCUCUUCCUCUCCUGGCCACCCCCCAACCCCCCCGCUCCUCCUCCUCAUCCCCGACGCCAAAAGAGCUGUUUGCUAUGAGAAAUACAAUCAUGAAUGAUAAUAAGAUAUUCUUAUAGAAAAAAAAACAGGGUAUAAGAACAACAAUAAUAUUGAUAACAUUGUGAAUAACAAAGAUGUUAGUGCUGAUUAUGAUAUCACUAAGUUUUUUCUUGUUUUAUGUUCUGUUGGUAUAAUAUUUCACUACUGUUUUUUAAGUAUCUGUAGUUGUAUCCUGUCUGCGCCGGGUGGCAGCAGGACGGUUGUUCAACCAACAAGCCAGAAAGACUGAGUCCUUAACUCCUUUAUUUUUCUGUCUUCUGUAGAAUAUUUUACUCCAUGCUCAUACAUUUAUUUGCUCCUCGUGGAAAAAACAGGAUCUGGAAGAGCUGACAGAUCCUUAUUUGAUGUUUCAAGACAUUACAAAUCAAGUGCACACACACACACACACACACACACACACUUAAACACAUGCAGAUUUUGUCAGUCUGAACUUGUGUUAACUGUGAACGACGCGUUCCGUCCGAAUCUGAAGAUACUGAGAGGGAGGACGUGCCUUAAUGGUCUCCAGUGGAUGUGUCCUCCAGGCGGCAACCGGGACGGCGUGCUUUUUCGGCUGUUUCUCUUCACGUUUAUGAGCCAAAACUGCGGUGAAAAUUUUCCAGCAGGCUUGAGACGCUGCAGCGGGAUGGUUUCGACACGAGAGGAGAUGUUUUAUAACUUCGUAAAAAUUGAUUUCGAACUAUUCAGGAGAUAGCGUCUCACUCCACGACACGGCAGCCUUUAGACCACUUCUUUUAUUCAGGUUACAUGAUAACACUCACCGGGCACUCGCUUUUUUUUUUUUUUUUUCUCGGCCUCUCUCGCCAGUAUCUCGUUGAAGGCGUUAUACUUUUUCGCUAAGCGGCCCGAGAGGCAACACAGAAAGCUUUGUUUGUACAUUGUGUAUGAUUUAAUAUAUGCACUUUUGUUUAUGUCGGCAACAAAAAUGUGUAGGAGAAAGUGUCGUCGCCCCGUGAUAAUGGCGGAGGAUGUUUAAUUGAGAGAGGCGGCGGCGUCCGGAAGGCGGCCAACUUGCGAAAGCUUUUCACUUUUGACUGAUGUAGAUAGUCUUUUUUCAGCUGGAGAGGUUUUAUUGCACAGGACCUUUUUACUCAGUGUAGGCACUCAGUAGACAUGCCUUAUCAUCCCAUCAUCACCCCCCCCUCCAACCACACACCCGGAGCUGUCUGAUGAUGACUCAUCAUAUUACUGUACAGAAUAAAGAAGCCUCUAUUAGUUAUUUAAAGGUUUGAUGUUCGAUAAGCUGGCGGUGUCAGAAGUUCAAGGGCUGCGGUGAGAUUGCGCAGGAGUGCUGGCCUGAGAUUGGAGCUGCUGGAGUGUGUAGAAUGUGAUCUUUGUCAUCGCGGACUUCUAUCUUAUACCCGAAUCUAAACGCACCAGUGGUAAUAGGUUGCCGUGCGUGCAUGUGUGUGUGCGUGUGAGUGUGUGUGUGUGUGUGGAGGGAAGCGAAUCUGAAUGAUAACAGCUGUUUUUUUUUUUCCCUCACUUACCUGCUGAUAUUCAUAAGUUCAGCCGCCUCUCCUCCCCUCGCUCCACCGAUAACACCGUCAACGUGAGACUGAUCAAGUUAGCCUUAAAUCAAACAGAUCCAUACCCCCCCUCCCCCUCCCCCCCCCCCCCCACCCACACCCCCCACCGACAUGACUCUCCUAAUAAACCGAUUGGGAUCUCUGGAAUUUUUAUACGCACACAUUUUUGAAAGUUCAGGUCAAACCAUUAUCAGCGAGACGGCAUAAGAAGUUCGAACAGGAAAACGACGAGGAAAUAAGAACGAGCGGUAGAGCGACUCCGGAGCGGGCAUCAAUCAGCGUCAGCAUUUGUACGUUCAAUCUUUUCCUUGUAAAUAAAUCUAUUUAAAAAGAAAACUCUUUUCACUUUGUACAGUAAACAGACAGACAGGAUGUAACUUUCAAUAUGUUUUACAGCAAUUUAAGAAAUAAACAAAACGACAAUAAAAACUCAUAAAAAACAAACAAAAGACAAAAAUAUGCAAAAUAUAGUUAAGACACAAAUAUUACUAAUCAUAAGUGAUAUAAUUGAACCUCUUUUUUUCUUUAAAUCUCAUGUUUACUUAAUUACGAUAGUUUUACCGAUCAGUAUACUGAUUAUGUUAAGACUUUUUUUUCAUAUUUUCACUAAAGUGUUGGAGGAUAAUUUACUGUAGGUGUAGACGUUUGGUGAUUUAAAAGGGGAAAAGUUUAGUUUUAGGAGUCUUUGCUAAGUUUCCCUUGAAUUGUGUUAGAUUCUCUCUUUUUAAGGUAAGCUCUUCUUCAUGCUUUUUUGAGAUCAAUUAACUACACAUUUAUGGGAUACAAUAUUAAGUGUAUACAUAGAUGAUAUUUGCAUAUAGAGGCAGUAUAUUGUGAUCCUUCAUUUUUAAAGCAGCGAUCCUUGUUAAAAACUUACAAGAUAUUUUGUGUUUUUUGUUGCCCGUUUUUUUGUUUGUUUUUUUUGCCCGGGCUCUUAACGGUGAUUGCACACAGAAUUUAGAGCCAUCGUCGGCCCGGCCUAUCCUGUUCCCUCUCUACGUUUGGGAUAGACAUCACUGUGGUAACGAAUAUACACACACACACAUAUAUAUAAACACACACAAAUGCGAGAGCGAGUUUAGUUUCAUCUUAUUGAGAAUCUCAUUCGAAGCUGAAAUGCAUUUGUGCAACCCCUUAUUAAAAGGUGCAACAUUUGUUCUGUCAUGUCACAUUUAACGUAGAGUUCUGCUUCGGGGGGGAAUCAACUGCUAUAUUUUAGCUCACAUAUUACUGAACUGUGUUAUUUGACAGUUGGAAACACUUAAAAGCUUUGGAUUCUAAUUUGUAUUUGUGCAACUUUGUGCGCUGCUUGUUUCUCGGGACGAGACGGGAAAAUAUAAUUUUGUGAUUUGUUGUGUACGUAUGCAAUUUUGUCCCCAUGCAGUCGGAAAUUAUUUCCCCCGCUCUUCUUCUUCUGUAUGGUACUGAUUCCAAUAAGUCUCCAUAAUCUUGGCCCCGGCCCUGAGAGAAGAAAUUCAUCUCUCUUUCUGUUUUUCUCCUCAACUGCUUUCACGUCUAGAGGGUUGAUUGAAAAGUGAAAAAUGUAUCCGUGUGCACGUAAACUCUGUGAGGUUUGCAUAUUUUUCACACAAGCCACCACUCCUCAUUUGCAAUAAACUGGAUAACCAAACAGAAAAAAAGCUCUUACUGUACACUGUAUGUGCCAAUUUAUCACUUGUGUUUUCAUGCAUUGGAAGGGAGCGAGCUAGCACCAGCUUCCAGCUGUUGGUUUGGGAAGUCAAAGUGUACCUGACACUGUGGUAAACAUGCUACCAUCAGGCCUUUACCACAUCCUGCUGCUCGGCUCUGCAGCCAGCGUGUGCAUGCCAGGCCGGUGAUGCGUGCCGGUGCUGCAGGCCGGGCCGGUGAUGCAGGCCGGGCCGGUGAUGCAGAGCAAGCACGGCUCACCAGAAGUCCAUAUUUCCCUCAUGGCCGCAUCGGUCCCGGGAGUCACUUCUCUGCACACGAGCGUGCCACAACGCAUUUUGUUAGGUCGUGUAGAGCGAAAACACUGUGUCACAUUUUUACAACACAAGAAAUGGCUUUGGAAAGUUAGUGUUGCUGGAACAUCCUGGAGGUGGAGGAUGUAAAUGUCACCUCAGCUGACGUGUGUUUUUCUGUCAGGGAUACUGACACAUGGGACCAAAAUAAGAGCAUGACGCGGUCAGCUACAGGGAUCGAUGUACCGGUUAAACUGACUCGUGAAAAUGUAUUUUUUUUGUGUGUUUUGGAGGAUUUGACAUCAAUAUUUUUAACCUCUUGAGUUGCUAAUCAUGUUUUUUUUUAUCAACAAGUCACAUGCAGAUAGGAAGAAUUAUACUGUGAUAUUUUAUGAAUGAUUUGUUGUGAAGGUCCAUGUAAUUUAGCUGCUUAUAAUUUUCCAAUUCACUUGUUUACUCAUAUUUUAAACAUGUGUGUACGUGUAUUAAUAUGUAUUGAUAUUGCUUUAUAUUGAUGCAUACAACAUUUUUCUAUUAAAUUGUGUACAGUUUUGUUUGUUUGUUAAUAUUGCUAUUUUCCAUCAUUGCUUUACCUGAAUGAAAAUUACAUAAGGGGUUGCUACUAAAUGUAUUUCACAAGGUGAACACACGUCUUCACUGAUUAAAUUUACUGUGGGAUGACAAAAAAUGUAACAUAUGAAUAGUUUCAAUUGUAUACAUAAUGAUAUACAUAAUAUUAUUCUUGGCCAUUCUUUUCUCUUUUUGUGGCCCUUUUCUUUGAAAUAAAUCCCUGAAAUUUUUACACCAACAGAAAAUGACACAAAAACAAAUAAUUGUACAGGUUGUGUAAAUACUGAAUAUUGGGGGAAACAUUUACCUUGUUUUUUUUGUUUUGUUUUUUUUGUAUGGAAACGAUCAAAUAUCUCAAUAACGAAAUUAACCACGUCAUGACAAAAUUGCAAAAAAAAGCAUCAUUAAGGUACUUCUAAUAAGGAUCAUACUGAUAUAUAAGUGCUCAAAUAAGACUAUUCUUUCUCUUUGUACAUGAUGAACAAAAUGAAGUGUUGAGUAUUAAUAAUAAAAAACUGUAAGUUUCA